AGUUGAAACCAACUAUUCGCAUUGGUUCUAUCCGCACCAGGGGAUAUGGCGUCACCCGAGUGAUUUUGAUUUAAUCGUGGUGGCGACAUCAAAUCAGUAGUUGGCACAUCGCGAGCUGGUCUGCCACGAGCAAAAUUAUAUCCGUAAUGUCCACCCCGGAAUCGGCAAGAGUGGGCCUGGGAAGUAGUGCGGCCAGCAUGGCGAAUCUGGCCAAGAUCGUCAACCUAAUCGAAUCGAAUGUGAGGGCGGAGGAGGAGGACGAGGAGACGGAAAACAAGGGAUCAACCGGAACCGGAAGUGGCAGCAGCGUUCGCUUAGCCAGCAGCAGUGCUCCGCGUAGAAGCGCCUGUGCCACAUCAUAUGUGCCCAAAUCGCCGCAGCUGGAGGAGAUUAUGAUCGCAAAACCAACCUGCACCGAACGAUUUGCACGCUACUUCGUAAUCGUGAUCUACCUGUGCGGACUCUGCUGCCUGGGAUUCUUCCUGUCCAUUUAUCACAUCUUCUUUUGGGACUCGCGCAUGCCGCCCGUCUACAAGGGCCAAAAGAAAGGACCUGCCUUCGGCUAAAGACCGGGCGGGAUCAGAGAACUUAAUCCACCAAAACAAUCCUAACUAAAAGAAACGUAUUUUCGGUUUUGAUAAAAUUGUGAUACCCGAAAAAAUUGCCAUUCGCCUCCUAAACUCAUCGGAAGUGACCGCGGAGCAGUUCUACAAGCACAUCCUCGAGCAGUACCGCAUCCUC